CUUUCGAUGUACGUAAAACGUCAAUGGUGCUUUUUUUUAGUUGCUGUAGGGGAGUGUAAGCUAAUUAGUAAGACCUGCUGGGAAUUGACUGUGGGGCAGCUACUGAUCUACUGAAGAUCUCUUUUGUCCGAUAAUUCAGAGUGGACUUGACUUCAGUUAUGUCUGAGGAGGAGGUUGCAGACCUGUUGCUCACCCCUUACCCAGAAGAUGAGGACAGUGAGGAGUCCCUGUUUCCAGUUGAACCUCUGCACUGGUCUGGCCUGUCCUUGGCAGAGGCUCUGCUGCCGCUGGUGGAAUCCCCCGUGUCCUCCCAUGUGCCCCAGUCGCCAUGGCUGUGCUCGACGCGCUACAAGACGGAGUUGUGUAGCCGCUAUGCUGAGACCGGUUCCUGCAAGUAUGCUGAGCGCUGUCAGUUUGCCCAUGGUCUCCAUGACCUACGCGUGCCCUCCCGCCACCCCAAGUACAAGACAGAGCUGUGUCAUGCUUUCCACACUGUUGGCUACUGUGCUUAUGGUGCCCGCUGCCUCUUUGUGCACGGACCCGAGGAGCAGAGGCAGGUCAGGCCGCGGCGCCGCAACAUCCCCUGCCGUACCUUCCGCUCCUUUGGUGUGUGUCCGUUUGGUGCCCGCUGCAACUUUCUGCAUGUUGAUGUUGGUGAUGAGGAGGAUGAGAAUGGUAAGCAUGGGUGCCCACAGCAUAAAGGGGGCCGUCAGCCUGGCACUCUGUGCCGCACUUUCAGCUCCUUUGGCUUCUGCCUGUACGGGACCCGCUGUCGCUUCCAGCACAGAGUUCCAGCAGCCAACUCUGCUGGAGGCCCGGACUGCAGUCUGGGUGUUUCCUGUGCACAGCGGCUGGCUGGGAGAGCCCUGUCCCUAGCCUCAGACUUGCUGUCUUCACCUGAUUCAUCCUCUUCCCCUUCUCCAUCUGCUUUGACUUCACCUGUAUACUUGGAUGACUCUUGUACCCUUACCCCACCAAUAGCCUCUUCUGUCCCACUGGGCCACAAUGCAUUCACUUUCUCCAGCCAACACCUGAAUGACCUCCUCCUGCCUCUGGCCUGGAGGUUGAAGCAGCUGGAAAGUACUCCUGCAAGGGUCAAUAGCUCCCCAGGUGUGGAGGGUAAAAGCAUUUAGUCUAAGUGGGUGAUGGUCCUGUUUUUAACCCUCCAUGUAUGCAAUCUUAAUUUUGGAAGGGGGGUGUUUUUGUUCUAAAACCAACUUGAGGUAGUAUUUUGAUGGCACAGUUGAGUUUAGCAUGCUUAUUUAAUGUGUCAGUCUGAGUCUGGAUAUUUUUUUCUAUCAUUCAAAGUGUGGUUUCCUUUACCUCUAGAUACUGAUUGCUGUUCUAUAUUGCUUGACGAGCCAGUGUUUCUCAAACUUUGGGCGUUUUAUGAGCAAUAUCCCUGCUUUUUUUUUUUUUUUUUUUUUUUUUUGAAGUAAUCAUUAGUCUGCUGUGCCAUGUGUGUUGGGAUAGCAUGUGCAUCUGGGACCUGCUACCAGAACCUUACAGGUUUGAGUCACUGGACUUGGUGAAUGCCAUUAUCAGCAUGUGAAUAUUUAAAUGGAGCCUUUAGUGUGAACCUAAUAUUUUAUUUGUUUUUAAUCUUUGUACAUAUUUCUCAGAUGACACAAGUCAACGUUGAUUGUUGGUAUUUAAUCCUUGUGUAAUUUAAGGUGUUUGACUGACUAAUUUAUUUUGAGACUAACCUCUCCACUCCUGGAUAAUAAACCAUUCAAUCUUAAGCCAAA